AUGGACGUUCUUACAGAAAUGCUCAGUGCUAUAGAGCCUGGUAACAAAGAAGGGCUCCGGCAGGAAAUUAUUGUUGAUUUGGUGGAGCAAUGUCGAACAUACAAGCAGAGAGUGCUUCAGCAGAACCUACUGUCAAAAAAUCAAACAGAGAAAUCAAAUUCAGCACCUACUGGAGCACGUGUAGAUGCUGAUGGUCCUUUGAUUGAUACUGGAGAUACUGGUAUACAAACUGAUGCAAAUGCUGAAGCAGGGUCUCAAACAUUGAAUCAGUUGACGCUUCCUGCACCCUCUACUACAUCAAAUGGUUCAGCUCCUCCAGUAAAGGUUGAUCCCAAAUGGGAUCUCCUCAGUGGUGAAGAGUUUAACUCACCAAAAGUAGAUAAUUCACGUGCUCUUGUUCCUGUAGGAGAACAACAGGAAGCCAUUCCUACGUCUCAACAAAAUGCCCUUGUUCCUUUUGAUAUGUUUUCUAAUGGAAACAAUGUGCCAAUUCCUGUUAAUUCCUAA